GCUUCCGAUCAAAAUCAUCCAGACCAUCGAGCUCAGAUCAACCCUUCAGGCGACGCUCGUCAUCAGCAACAACCUGAAAACAUCCUCACAAACGCCAGCUCUGCCGUCGGUCGUCAACAUGAACGAUCUCUCAAUGUCCAUUCAAGUGCCAACUCUAUCGGCGAUCAUCAGCCUGAACAAUCUACAACUAUCCUUCCAAACGAAGCACCGGGUGAAGUAAUCCGUAUCGAGCCACAUCUCGUCAAGCUUUGCCAAUCUGUCAUGCCGUUCAUCAAACUAGGCAGACUCCUCUUGAAUAGGCUCUUGCUCGCUCCAUCAAGCAGAGCGCCGUUCACGAUCGAUGAUCGAAUGAGUUCGGCUCAAUUCGAAUCCUUCCGCGACCAAACCGACGAAUUCUUCGCCGACUUAUGGAAUCUACUCAGAAACUUGUUGGACUUGUGUAAUCGGGAUGGCCGGGCUACUAUCGACGAGAUUAGCGAUGAAUUGGAUAAAUCUUUGAUCAGUUUUGAUCAAUGUAUGCAAGUCCUACGGCCUCGUCUUGUACCUUAUUCUCCUUCCAAUCAGUUGCUGCCACUCACUACUCCUCAGCCAGAACGUGAAAAGAUUCUUAAUGAUUGGUUCUCCUUAUUGAUCAAUCAGGUUCAUUUGGCUGCUCAAAACUUUAGAGUCGAGAUAGAAAUAUUUCGAAAGAAUUAUGCGGACUACAUUUAUUGAAUACCAAACUAUUACAUCUAUGUAACGCUUGUUUUAUUUAUCUAUGAUUUAUGAUUUAGAACAUGAUGAUAUCAAUUAAUUGCAAAAACUAGUUAUACAAUCUGCAAAUCUAGACCUCCAUCACUUUGCAACAAAGGAACAGAAACAC